AUGAAUCAAAAUAUUGUUUCAGUAGAAGAAUCUGACACUUCAGUUGAAUCACACAACGGUGGAGAUGGGUAUUGGAUAAUUCGUUUCCAUCCAACGUUACCGGUACUUGCGUGUAGCUCCAUCAGUCAAGUGUUAUUAUUUUGUGUACCUGGAGGAUGGUUCGAUACCUCAUUUUCCCAGUGGAAGAAAUCUCAAGUUCAACUUAAACAGAAUCAAAGGCCGAUGGAAAUUAUUGCUAUGGACUGGAACACUGACGGUACACAAUUAGCGACUGGCUGUUCAGAUGGGACUAUCAUCGUUUGGGAGUAUCCUAGUGGCGACAUUCUCUUUGAAGUAGAGAGCCAUUUAAAACCACUUACUGAGAUGAAUUGGAAUCUAUUCAAAACAAACAUCUUGGCUACCCUUGAUGAUGAUCAAACGCAAUUAUCAUGGGAUCCAGUUGUUUCUGGUUGCAGCAUUGAGGAGGUAAAUCCUCCACGUGCUAUCCACUGGAAUGAAAAUGUGUCUGUGGCGAGGUACAAAGAAAGCGGAGAAGAUGACUGCGAGCCAGAAGACGAACAGGAAAAAGAAACCGAUAGAAUGAACUGGGUCUCUUCAGAUGAAAUCGCAGCUUGUUUUGAUUGCGGUGAGAUCAGCGAAAACGAUGACCGCCUAAAAUCUCGACUCGUGCCCUUUCUACAUGGUGGGCGUAGCAUAGUAAGUGUCCUCUUUGAUUUAUUGCUGGCGUUUCGUGGUUUUCGUUGUCUCAAGUUGGCCCUAUUUGCCUUUUCUGUUUAG